GGACAGAGAGCACUCGCGAAGCGCAAGAGAUUGAAGCCUUAACGAAAUCCGAUCACUACCGGGUCCAUUCGAACAUGAAAGUUGGCUGAGAGCACGUAUAACAACAAAUUUGAGGUACCCAAAUUUCACUGUUGUGUUUCCAACGAGAACUUCCUCGCGGUUCAAAAGUGUUGGAGGCCUCUACCAUGUUGUCCACGUUCGUCACACUUCUCGCGCUCUUACUGGCCGUUCUAUUUUGGUGGGUGCGACGGACGUUCACAUUUUGGAAUGGCAAAGGGAUAGCACAUCUCACUUUCUGGCAGUACAUGCGCUUCGCCUACGACAUCUACACCAAGCCAGUGAAUGAAGUAAUCCGCCAUUCCUAUAAUCAAUAUGGUCGUGUGUACGGUUCCUACCAAGGCACAGUGCCUACUCUAGUAACUGGAGAUCCAGACAUCUUGAGGGAGGUUCUGACCACAAAAUUCAAGAACUUUUCGGACAGAUCGUUAUCUCAGAGCGUGGGAAGUGAUGUUUGGAAGAAGUCCAUCUUGAACCUGUCAGGUGAGGAGUGGAAGAAAGCGCGAGCAAUCUUCACCCCAGCACUCACCGCAACAAGGUUGAAAACGAUAGUGGCCAAGGCAAAAACCAUUGCUGGAAGGAUGACAUCACGAGUCAUGGACGCGGCUACUAAAAACAAUCCUGUGGAGUUCUUUGAGCUUGCCACCAACACGGCGCUCGACACUACAGCUGUAUUGAACUAUAGUGUCGACAUCGACAGCCAUAAUGACAAGAAUCAUCCCCUUAUGAAAUGUCUUGAAACUAUCUAUAUGGGUACAAGCGGCUGGAAACUCGUGAUGUUAUUUCUCAUGCCGACGGUGUACAAGGUUCUGCAACCUGAUUAUCCCCCCAAGUCCAGUACUGACGUAUUCAAGGCGUUCGUCUCGCAUUUGAUUGAAGAAAGGAAGUCAAAGAACAAGGAAGAAGACGAUUUUCUUCAGGUACUUAUGAACGCUGACUACAACUGGGAAGAUAACGCAGCAGCUAAAGCUGAGAACGCAGAAAUUAAGAAAAUGUCACUGGACGAGAUAACAGCCCAGGGGAUAGUGUUCUUCAGUGCUGGCGUAGAGACCGUCUCGAUGACCCUCAGCCUCACGACUUACUACCUGGCCCUUAAUCCUGAUUGUCAAGACAGGGUCAUUACAGAAAUAGACAAGGGGCUCACAAAGGGGGAACUAACAUACGAUGCUCUGCAGGAGAUGCCGUAUCUCGAUGCCUGCAUCAAAGAGGCAAUGAGAAUUUGCACUCCCGGUUCGAUAACUAUGAGAGUUUGUACGGAGGAAACUACGGUGGCUGGAAUCCGCUUCAAGCCAGGCAUGUGCGUCGACAUUCCCAUGGCCGGAAUCCACCAUGAUUCAGAAUAUUUUCCUGAACCGGACAAGUUCAAUCCAGAGAGGUUCAUGCCUGAAAACAAGGACGCCCUGAUGCCGUUCACGUACAUACCGUUUGGGGCCGGACCACGUAAUUGCGUCGGCAUGCGUCUCGGCUUGAUCCAAGUGAAGAUAACUCUAGCUUGCCUGCUUCAGCACGUUAAACUUGAGACGUGCCCAGAGACGCCCGUACCGCUAAAGUUCAAGCCGGGACAACUUCAUCCUGUCUUCGAUGGAGGAUUGCACCUUCGGGCAGUGCCUCGUCAGCACUCUGCAAGCAGUGUUUCUUAAUAAUCAAGGAUUUGUUUUAUGCAAGUGGUGACAGAAGCGCUUGUUAUUUAUUUUUUGAGCGUCAAGAAAAAAAUUAAGGACCCCGCUGAUUGUAUUAUCUAAAAAUUCAAGCACUAUAAUUUGGAGUCUACGAACAGAAAUGUAGGCAUGAAAUGAAAGUUCAACUAGUAAACAAUUGCUCUUCCUCAUGCGCAGGACACAAAAUAUUUGGUUUUACAGGAUGUUCGCGCCAAGUCUUUCAACAUCGUCGGCACGUACAUUUUGCUUGUAAGUAAUGCUGUUUAUGAGAACUUGCUCUUAGCUAGUUCAAGCUGGUUAUAGCUUUCUUGUACUUUACAAAUGGCCCACGACAAAAUGACGCACACAGUUAGCAGUGAAACAACACAUUUAAAUGACAUCUUUGAAUGUACAACUUUUAGAAAACUGGCAAUUGUUAACUUUUCGACGCAAUUGGCUAUACUGUGAUGAUCUCCACUGAUCAUGUGUAAAAUAAUAAUAAAACCACCAGCGAUAUCAAUAAAUGCUACCAGCCAAAUACGUAGUUUCUCAAAAAUCGGAACGUCCAUAGUGGUACCCAGGUGAAACAGCAUUCUCCCUGGCUCUUUAAAACGUUAAUUGUGAGACUCUUGAUGUCCACCGUGUCUCUUAUCACAGUGUUCUUGCUUAAUAAAUGCUUUUUCUUUCAAUGACGUGUCCGAUCUC